AUGUACAAGUGUGGCCCCGAUCGCGUCUAUAGAGACGUUUUGCAGCGCUACCUGAUCGUAACAUUCAUUGACGCCCACGCAAGUUUAACAGUCAUGGAUCGAUCCACAAAAGACCGCCUAGACGAAUUCGAUCAGCAUGUGAUGAACCACAUCCCGAUCCGCCUUAUACGCCUGUCAGACAUGACGCUUGUUAGUCGUGAGGAUGUGAGGGAGCACUUCAGGGCGCGUUUUCUUCAGUCUUAUCAUCCACCAUCGAAAACUGUCAAGUACGCCACUCUGUCUCAUCGAUGGGGCGAAGGAGAGCCCAGCUAUGAUACAUUUGAAGAGAUGAAGAAGUCCGAGCUUAAAACUCCAGGAUUUGAAAAGCUGAUGAACUUCUGCGAAAAGGCUAGGGAGUACGAUGUGGAAUUUGCGUGGUCGGACACUUGCUGCAUCGACAAGAGCAGCAGUGCCGAGCUCGACGAGUCGAUUCGCUCCAUGUUCCAGUGGUAUCGCAAGUCGGAGAUCUGCAUCGCGCAUCUGGCACAAAGCAAGACAAUGGACGACAUACCGCGCGACGAAUGGACGGAGAGAGGUUGGACCUUACAAGAACUCCUUGCACCCAUCCGUAUCAAAUUCUUCAACCAGCACUGGAUACCCAUGACGCGUAAUCCGAAUGACAAACAUCCUGACACGGAGCGCUCCGGGUGCAUCAUGUUGAGCACUCUGGAAAGCGCCACUGGAAUUCCUCGUCGUGACAUCUGCGACUUCGCUCCAGCUGCAUUUUGGGUGAAUGAGCGGAUGCAGUGGGCAGCCAGACGCAAAACAACAAGGGUCGAGGAUAUGGCCUACUCCCUGAUGGGAAUAUUUAAUGUCAGCCUGCAGAUCGCGUAUGGAGAAGGAGAGCGCGCUUUCGGCAGGCUCAUUGAAGCCGUCAUGCAGGAUGGCGACCCUUCUGUCCUGAACUGGACGGGCCAGGCUGCAAAUUACCACAAUUCGCGUGCUGUUCCUCGAUCACCGCAGUGCUUCGUGGGCGGUCGAGGGUUGGAUCUUGGAUCUGGGAGACUGGAUAUGACUAUGACCAGUCUUGGACUGCGAGUCCCUCUAGUGAUACUCCCUCUCGAUCGCCGUUCGACAAGGGACAAUGACAAUAAAAUGCACGUGACAUUGGAAUGCUCGCUGUGUCCAGCCAUCAAGAUUGAUAGCGCUAGCGCCAACGAGAUCUUCAGCGGCCCUGGAACACCGUACGCAAUCGGGAUUGUCAACUAUUCCGUCAUCAGUGAUGGAACACGCGAAUUCCUAAUGAUCAGGGGCAAGUCGGCUGGCUUCCUCCUGUUCAAACCUUCACCCGAACGCGCUUCAGAAGCUUCAAGACCGGUUAACUGUGUUGGGCUUCAGUUUGUGCCUUCCCCGGAGCAGGUGGCGUUUUCAUGGAAGGCGCUAAAUGGAGGCUUGGCCGAGGUUCACUUCCCGAAUAUCUUGAGUGACGACAUUUUUUACAUUAGUCUUAUGACCAUCAUCACCUUGGAGACUGCAUCACCCUCCUCGCUUAAGCUUCAAAGCUUCAUUACGCAUUACUCACAUGGCCCAGCAUAUAUGGACCUUCGCCCUGCUGACCAUUUAGCGGCCAGAAUGACCCUCCCUUACCCUCUCUCCGCCAGCGGUAACCAGCCUUCGACGGAAGAUCUCACCGCACAGUGCACUAAGGCACUCGAAGAAGACCAGUCUCCCAUACUAUGCGCCAUUCAGUGGCGUGCAACCUAG